GUGUGUGUGUGUGUGUGUGUGUGUGUUUCACUAUGGCGAGGGGAUAAACAAACAGAGCGCUGGGUUGAGGAAAGCAGAAAUAACGGUUAACACAGUGACUAACACGACUCGGUCAUAACUAGUGACUGGUGCUGCUUGUGGAUGAUAUCUCAUAUUUAAUAAUAAUAAUAAUAGGUGUGUGUGUGUGUGUGUGUGUGUUGUUUUUGCGGAUGAUGUCAGCAGGAAUAGCGAUGAAAAGAGCGAAAAUAGUUUGUCUGUGCACAUUGAACACCUCAGCGGCAGCAGCCGGUGACACGGGCUAAAACUAACCGUUAGUAACCGUUAACCGUUAGUAACCGUUAACCGUUCGUCUUUUCUGCGGGUUUUAACGGCUACAAGCGACGUUAGCCUCUUUUAAAAAACAGCACGUUUAUUUUCCUUUUUCUUUUUUAUUUAAAUAUAUUUGUACACUUUCAUUCAAGUCGGCUUUGUUACUCGUCGAGUUCCAACAUGUUGACAGGAUCUAAAACCACGUUCAAAGUGAGACAAAUGCUCCCGGACAUCAAGGAGAGGAUGCUGAGUCAGAGCGGCGUGAACGCAAGGAGUCGAGAUGUGUUCGGGCUACGCUGCCUGCCAGGCGAGUGUGUACUUCAGAGAGCUGUUAUGGUCAGAAAGAAGUUGACAGCAAGGGAAGGAAGAGGUUGGCUGUCUGGGACUCUCUUCUGUACCCACUUCAGAGUGGCCUUCGUGCCCCAGGACAGUCCCAGACCUGAUGACAAUGCUGACCCAGUGCUUUUAGGAGACCACGAUGUGGCUCUGGCAUCCAUCGAGAAAGUUGUGGUUGUGGGCCCAAACAGAACCAAGCUGGUGACCCCAAACUCCUCGCUGAAGUUCACUCCAGAGGAGCUGGUGCUUUACUGCAGGGACCUGCGAGUCAUCUGCUUCCUGUUUGACCGCCUCACUCCUGAUGCCCAAGUUCUAGAGAUAACUUACACCAUCGCCAAGACCUACCAGCCUCCCAAACCAGGGUCAGUUUUAUCUUUCCAGAACGCUGCUCUCGGGAGUGUAGAAAUGAAGCAGUUUCUAAGCAACCGUCGCCGAAACGCCCACAUGAACUGGUAUGAGUCCGUCUCAGACUGGGAGCAAGAGCUGGAGAGGUGCGGGGCCAUGGGCUGGAGAGUCAGUUCAGUCAACGACCGCUUCGAGAUGUCCACCAGCCUGUCGAGGUUCAUCGUGGUUCCACAUAAAGUUUUAGACACUGAGCUGAAGAAAAGCUUCGCCCACUUCAACGAAGGUCGCAUCCCUCGCUGGUGUUGGCGACACCCCCGAGGCAGUGAUCUACUGCGAAUGGCCAGCUUCCAGAACAACAUCUACCACGAGAAAGACGACAUCAGGAACUUGGAGAUGAUCCUGUUCGGUUGCCAGUCCUCUCUGUGUGUGGUGGUGGAGCUGGCCGAGGAGCUGCCCUCGCCCGCCGACAUCCAGCUGGCACACAGCCGCCUGCGUGCCCUCUGUCUGGGAGAUAUCUCCACAUCUGUGUCAGUGCCUGAUGACAAAUGGUUAUCUACCCUGGAAAGCACCCACUGGCUAGACUACACGAGGUCCUGCCUGAAGAAAGCUUCAGAAGUAGCCUGCCUGCUUCGUGGCGGUCACCUGACUGUGGCACUGCAAGAAGCAGACGACCGGGACAUGAGCUGCGUGGUGUCCAGCCUGGUGCAGGUGAUGUGUGACCCCCACUGUCGGACUCAGCAUGGUUUCCAGAGCCUGGUGCAGAAGGAGUGGGUGAUGGCCGGACACCGUUUCUACAGCCGCGUCAACUACCACCGCGACAACGACAAGGAAGAGGCGCCAGUCUUCCUGCUCUUUCUGGACUGCGUUUGGCAGCUGCUGUCCCAGUAUCCCUCUCGCUUCCAGCUGACGGAUGACUUCCUGUUGGCCUUGCACGACAGCAUCCACCUGCCACUCUUCUCCAGCUUUUUGGCAAACUGCCAGCGAGAGAGAUGCAAACGCUCCCAGAACCUCGGGCAGUCCUACACACCAGUCAACGGCUGGAGAGACAUGCUUCAUCCGGAUUCCUCCUCGGAUCCGUCCGACCCUCCUCUGCCCCCCGUGUGGGACUGGGACCUGCAGUACAGCAAGCACAGACGAGACCGCUUCACCCAACCUGUCCCUCCGGUCCCUCCGCUCCAACCGCUGCUCAACGGCAACCUCAACACCAACCCGGACACACACAGGCUGACCGACACCCUCCCCGGCUCAGUCUUCCUCCUCUCUCGGGGCACCUUCUCCUGUCCUGCCAACCUGCUUCCCUGGCGCAGCACCAGUUCAGGCCCGUACAAGAAGAGCCACCGGAGGGCGGCUUCCUCCGAGAACGUGCCUGGCCUGGAGAGGCUGCUGAAAGCUUGGGCCCUCACUGAGUUUCCACAAGCCCUCACUUCCACCUCUGGACCUCAAGGACCACUUGACCCCUAUGAGCCCUUACUGCCCCUCCUCAUGGGUCCCUGCAUGGGCCUGUGGAGAGAGUGCUACCUGCGGGGGGCGCUCCAUGCACAGGCGUUCUCCCACCCCAUCUCCGCAAACCACCCCCACCCUGUGGAGCGGCUAGCCCAGGAGGUGCAGCAGCUCAAAGACAAGCUCGCACAAGUGUCCACCGGCACAGAUCGAAGCCCGCCAACCAAGACGGCCGAGCCACGACGGACCGACGCCAACCUGAACCAAAACACCAACAACGGCACCUUCCUCUUCCCAGCGGCGAGGCCUCAGAGCAAGGCCGCGCCCAGAAUGACGCCCCCUCCUACCUCCACCACCACCAACCACCAAACCUCCAGGGGCCCUCCGCCCGCCUCGGCUCCACCAUCCAGGCCCGUCCGUAGAGACUAUGGCGGCAGCAGCAGCAGUGGCAACAAACACACCUUCCUGUUCGGGCACUCUUCAGUAACAGAGGCUCGCACUUACCCUGCGCCCAAUAACGCCAAGCUGCCUAAGAGUAACGGGCCGUCGCUGGCUUCCUGAGGUCUGCCCCUCGUCUCCACUGUCCUCAUAUAUGAUGCAGACCCACCUGCACAGUAUGAAACCCGCUGGUUCCUUGCUGGUAUCACGUACUGAAGAAACCCAGACGUGUUUCCUGUCGCACCACAUUUGAUUGACUACAAAGGUGAUUUAAAUAAAAGACGUAGGUGGACGACAGCGGCUACUUAUCGUCAGUACUGUAAUUUAAAAAAUGUGACAACUGUUUUGUAUAUUUGUAAAGAAAAUCUUAGUAUUCGAUAUUCCACUGCUGAAAAUGUCUAAGAUGAGAAGAAGAAGGGCUGAAGACGCUUCAGGAUCUCACAGUAUCUUAAAACAAAGCAGGAGAAGGAAGCCCGCGUCCAUUUUUAGCUCCUGAUCCUAAACGAGUUCCGAUGAGUGGGCAGGACAGACGCAGCGGUGUGAUAAGACGCUUCUUAAGAAGCACUGAGAGUGAAUAAUGGACACACACAGCUUUCCACUGGAUCUGACCUGUGUGACCUGCAGCCCUUUAAGCCUCUGUGUGCAAAAACACACAUUCAUUUCCUUUUUUUUGUAUCUCUCUGAAUAGAAAAGUAGAAUAAUUGUUAUGAAAAAUGUCUUUUUUUUUACUCCAGGCUGCCGUGACCAGUGACUUCAACGUGGAAUUUAGGGCAUGAGAGCUAUUUUGGGUACUGCUCUCAUAUCUCUCCACUUGCAUGCUCGGGAGGCCUAUAUUCACUUCAGACUGUCACCCUGGAUGUGGCUCAAGUCACCGCACGUUACUGCAGUAUAUUUCACUCCCUGCAUGACUGGCAGCAUUUCAGGUUCUUUAGUAAUAUAAUCGUAUUUUAAGUAUUUUUUUUUUGUGUAGGUAAGUGUGAUUUCUGACCAGAUUUAGUAUUAUUUUGAAAAUUUCUCCACCAUUUCGUGGUGGAAUUGGAAAAACACAAACAUUCUGCCUUUCUGAUGGCCGUACCUUGUGAAGGUACCAAAAGGGAGAUUUCUUCUUCCUGUGUUUACUUUAUCUUUUUUUUAUUUUCCCUCCUGCUCUGUCUGCUGGUGUGUUAGUAUGCAGCCAGCAUUUAGGUCAAGGACUUGGACGUGUCUGCCUGUAUUUAAAGCACAAAGGGAAG